CCACACUGUAAGGUAAAACUGUCUGUCACUGUGGUCAGUCACAAAGUCCAGCUACAGCAACAAAGAGACAAAGCUAUUAUAUUAAGAAGAUUAGGAUCCUUGACAAAUCCAUUGAAGUAUGAGUUCAACCCCUCUACAGUUUUGUGCUUUUGCCCUUGCAUUGGCCGGAAUGAUUAGCACCCUUGUAACAAUUUCAUCUACAAGAUGGAAAACGUCCAGCAGUUCCGGCUCCCUUAUCACCUCCACUGUUCUGUUUGAGGGUCUGUGGAUGAAUUGCGUGGGGACCUCUACAGGAUCUGUGCAGUGUAAAAGGUUCACAUCCGUCUUCAGUCUGGAUACUUAUAUACAAGUAUGUCGAGCGCUAAUGAUCUUUUCACUCGUCUUGGGAUUCUUCGCUUGUAUAUUGUCCUUGCUUGGACUGAAAUGCACCAAAUUUGGAAGCAACGAUGAAAACAGCAAAGCUAAAAUAGCGCUAUCAGGAGGAAUUUUGUUCAUUAUAGCAGGUCUCUGCUGUCUCAUACCCGUCUCGUGGUACGCUGCCAUGAUCACCGCACAAUUUUUUGAUCCACUCUAUGGUGGAACUAAGUAUGAACUUGGUCCUGCGUUGUAUAUCGGAUGGGCAGGAUCUCUUCUGGCAGUUCUUGGUGGCUCCUUGUUGUGCUGUUCAUGCAAGAAAGUUAAAAAAACAUCCAUAAAAGGAGCGUACAAGUACAACAAUUCAGGUCCUGAAAGUGAAUUUACACAGUUCAGAGAGAGAAAGGAAAUGCCUCUGUCCGCCAAAGCUUAUGUCUAACAACUGUCUGGUCGCUACCGUUAGUGGAUGAUAAACUGUGAACAGUCUAGAGAUAUACCUGUUAUUAAAAGAAAAUGACAAAAAAUGAAGUAAAGGUCUUUAUUGUGUAAAGACUGCACUGUCAUGCGUCUCCUAUACAAAAUGCAGUGCUUCAUGUAUGCUUAAUCCCCUGUUUUAUAUAUUUUAUGUGUUUUUGUAAUGCAUAUCUUUAUUUUGUUACGGAG